CAAUACCUCAUCCCACCAUUGCCGGCGCUCACUCUGUGUAGUCGUGCCUAUCACAGCUUCCAAACGGGCCUUGCCGCCUCGCGAGGGAAGACAUGCCGUGGGGUACUAUUACAAACUCAAAGUGGAACUCGGUGCUAGAAUGUUUAUCCGCGGCCGUCGAUCGUCCAACGGCUUGUGAUGGUGGGAAAGUAUAUAUAGAGGCAUACCAUGAUUAGACCCCGCUCUACAAACAUUUAACUACUCCACACAAACACACACCAGAUAAUCCUUUCCAAUCCAAAUAGUACCUAGCCCAACCUUUAAGCUUCCCAAGAUUAAUCAAAUCCAAACACAAAAAGGGUUACGCUCACUCUAUUAAGUCACACCCAGAACAGCAACAAUAACAAAAGCGACAACAAUGUCAGGACAAGGCCAAUCCUACGAGCGCGACGAGCGCUGGACAUCCGUAGACCAAUACUCCUUCUCACACCUGCACCCUUCCUCCUCCUUCCCUACCAACGAGCACCUCUCCCGGGCGCUCACAUACUCCCAGGAGCAAGGACUCCCGGACAUUGCGGUCUCCCCCUCGCAGGGCAAGUUCUUGAAGCUGCAGGCGCAGAUCGCGCGGGCGCGCAACGUCCUCGAGGUCGGCACUCUGGGUGGCUACUCUACGAUCUGGCUGGCGAGCGCGUCGCCAGACGUGCGGGUCGUGAGCGUGGAGGUGGAUCCGCAUCACGCAGAGGUGGCGCGGGAGAACAUUCGGAGGGCAGGGCUGGAGGAGAGGGUGGACGUGAGGGUCGGGGCUGGUGUGGAUGUAUUGAAGGCGAUUGCGGAGGAGGUGAAGGAGGGGAAGCUGGGCGCGUUCGACCUGGUUUUCGUCGAUGCGGAUAAAGAGAACAAUUGGAACUAUGUCAAUGCGGCGCUGGGUUUCAGUAACAAGGGUGCGGUAGUCAUUGUGGAUAAUGUGGUGAGGAAGGGGCAGCUGUCGCAGGCGGGUACGGGGGAUCCGAGGAUCGAGGGUGCGAGGCUGGUGGUGGAGAAGAUUGGGGCUGAUGACAGGUUGGACGGGGUCGUCGUGCAGACGGUCGGUGAGAAGAAUUAUGAUGGGUUUGUGAUUGCGGUGGUCAAAUGAGCUUUUGGCCGUCUUGCUAGACUACAUAUCAUAUACAAUUGCCAUUGGUGUCCUUGUAUGAUUGACCUCCCCCCACAGCGUCGUGUCCACAUACUCAGGAGGCGGAAAACGGCUUC